AUGGAAUUCCAUGGAAAUCAAUGGAAAUCCAUGGAAUUCCACGGAAACUUCCAUGGAGUAUCCAUGGAGUAUCCAUGGAGUUCCAUGGAAUGCCAUGGAGUUCCGUGGAGUAUCCAUGGAGCUCCAUGGAAUGCCAUGGAGUUCCACGGAGUUCCAUGAAGUAGUGAUGGAGUUCCAUGGAAUGCCAUGAAAUCCCAUGGAGUUUCCUUGGUGGUCCAUGGAAUUCCAGGGAAUAUCGUAGAGUUCCAUGGAAUGCCAUGGGGUUCCCUGAAGUACCAUGCAGUUCCAUGGAAUACCAUGGCAUGUCCAUGGAGUGCGAUAGAAUACCUUGCAGUUUGUAUGAGAAAAUCCCCAGAAAUUCAGUAA